AUUAACAAAACUGAAAGUUCUUGAAGUGAGAGAUAAUCACUUAAGAAGUUUACCAGAGUAAGUAAUAUGUUAAACUCAGUUAACUGCAUUUGUAGUGCCAUGCAAAACUGAAGGGUGUUUUUCCAGUAAUGCGCCUCUCUGUAGUUGCAGGGUGGUGUAGAAAAGUAGGUUUGUGUAGAAAGGCGAGUGUCUGGAAAUUUACCACCCAUGGGGUAUGAUUAUUAGUUAACAAAAUAAAUGAAGAAGCUUUAAUUGUGCUCUGUUCUGUUGUAAGCACUUACAACAGAGCACAAAGAACACAACUGAGAACCAACGAAGUGUAGGGGGAAACACAAGACACAGUAAAGAGUUUCUCACCACUUGUUGAGUGCUCCAGCUGCUUCCUUAGUGCUUUACAACAGAGCAAAGCACAGAUGACAGAGGCUUCUUUAUUUAAUUCUUGAUGAAGAACCGGUUAAAUUCCCAACACAUUGCUUUUCAACUUUUUAUAAAGCAAACUUUAUUUUUAAAGUGAACCAGAGUGGCAUGUUUUAUACUCUCAUGAAGGAAACUUUUCCAACCAAUAAGAGUGGGCAUUAUAUCUGAACUUUAUUGUAAUUCAUUGCAUUUCUUUUAACUCAUGAGUGACAUCCUGAUAUGCUCCAAGUUGCUCGUAGUCACACACUCUAGAUUCCUUCUUUUGAAGGUUUCUUUAUACUUUGCUGAAUGAGGUUAAUUUUGAUUCUUUUUUAAAGGUCCCUUUCUCAUGUUACAAGCCUAGAAAGACUUGAUAUUGGGAAUAAUGAAUUUCUUGAACUAGUAAGUGGUAGUAUAAUAACAUGUACAUAACAGUGGCUCUAUGCCAUCUGAGUGUGACCAGUAUCUACAGCCCCUCUUUGUAUCUUCCCAUCUUUAAAUCACAAAAUCUUGAUAAGUUGAAAAUAUCUUUCUUCAUGUCUUCCUACAUAACACAAUAAAUUUAUUUCACCAGACACUAAUCAUCAAACCAUAACUAUUUUAUGUAAUUUUAAUUAUUGUUAACCUGUCAAAGGCACAUUGAAGGUGACUUUCAUUCUACUUUGUUUUAGCCAACAGUUGUGGGGUAUUUGGUUAACCUUAAGGAACUCUGGAUGGAUAGCAAUGGAGUUAGAGAACUUCCACCGGUAUGUUAAGUUUACAGCAGAAACUUGUUUUUAAUUUUAAAAUCUGUCCCAAUGAACUUGUUUUGUAACUCAUUGUUGCAGGCAUAGUUAAUAGUCAAAGGAGACUGGUUAUAAAAACCAGCAAACAUCAAAGUUGAAAACAACCGUACUGUAGUUUUAAUUAAAUUAAAUUAAAUCAGUUAAUUUUGUAAAAUCCUAAAGAAUGGCAACAUGUGAACUGAACGUUCUGCUAAAUUGAUGCUGAAGAAGUUCUAUUUUAGAUCACAUCAGGAUAUUUCUAGCACCAACUUUAAAGGUAUCAUGUGAACGAAAGCAGGCCACUUUGUGCGGCAAUUCACUUCUUAACUAUGAAAUGUGUCAUUUAAGUUUGAAGGUAUCCAAAUUUGCCUCUCCUGCUUAUAGGGUUUAGCAGUUUGUAAAAUACAUGAAAGAGGGGAAGUUUGGAAUUGUUACCUAGGGAAAACACCCUCAACCUUUUAAAAAAGUUUGGUAAUUUCUUGGUGUGUUGUGGACAGGUUCAACCACCAAAUGACUAGUACAAAAGAUUGAAAUGACAAUGAACACUACCCUGAUGCCAUGAAACAAUAGAGAACCAACAACAGUUUCUGCGACAUCAAGACACACCCAAAAGUUUCGACUCCCCUUAUCACAUACCCUUAAAUCUGCCCCUGACUCUUAAACCCAUUACCCAUUUGCAGAUUGGCACUUCUUGACAUUUUGGUUCCAGUGAAACUCUAAUGGUUUCUUUCUUCUGUUUUCAUUCUUUUUUUUUGUCCAGGAAAUAGGACUUUUGAGACAGCUUUUAUACCUUGAUGUGUCUCAAAAUCGACUGGAGCGGCUUCCUCCUGAAGUAGAAUGCCUUCAGUCUCUUACAGACAUUUACUUGUCCAACAACCUGUUGCUUGAACUACCGAACAACAUUGGUGUGUGUAAUUUGUUAAUUUGUAAUUUAGAUUUUUUUCAAUCUGCCAAGUAGCAAAAGGAGACUACAAUUGGCGACAAAAUUAGUUGAGACACUUUGCCCUAAAAGGCCUUUCCAACAUUUUACCAACUUCAAAAGUCCCCCCAUCCCCUCCGUGCAAUGUUGUUCUGCUGUUUGAGCUACUUGUAGAAAACAAAAAACACCCUAACUUUGAAUGGAAGGUCGAGGGGGGAGGGGUGUGGAUUGUUUUCUUCUCUGAAGUUACCCUAUUUGACUAUCAAUGUCUAAACAGUAUUGUUGCCGAUUGCAGUCUUAGUGUUACAAUUUUUCCUGCUUUCUUUCCCUAUACUUUUUAUGAGUUGAUAGUCAAAAACGUGAAUGCAGAAGGAGGGAGCUUAGCUGAUCCUGGCUGAAAAUAGACUAGUAGAAUGCUGAAUGUGCAAUCUGCUCCCAGAAUUUGUAGCUUUUAGAAAGAAGCUCUAUGCAAUCAAAAUCCCCAAUUAACUCUUAACCACAAUGUUUUGUGUUUUGCAGGUGCAUUAGGAAACUUACAGACACUCAAAGUAGAUGAAAACCAUCUUGUGGAACUUCCAGAUAGCAUAGGAAGGUACUAUUAAUAGUUUCUUUUCAUUACUUCCAAGUCUGCUGGAAGUUUGUUUAAACAUAUUUGCUAAAUAUGUGUAUUUUAAUUCAUAGAUUGUCCAAUCUUGAAGAGCUUGUUGUCAUUCACAAUGAACUUGAGGUAAAAAGUGAAGUAUUUUCUGUGCUGUUGAAUCCUUUGGGUAUAAUGAGUGUCCAAAAUCAAAUCAAAAGCAAAGAAAAAUUCCACUGAAAAUAACUAUUACCACAUUAAAAUGUGACAAAACAAGUUUGGUUAGGUUGGGUUGUACCACUGUUUGAAAUUUUGUGUAGGUAAAUGAAAAAGUUCAGUUUGCAGACUCAUGUUGUUAACCAUUGUAAUAUUGUUAUUGUUGCUCAUGUCCCUUGUUUGAUUCUUUAAGAUACCUUAUUUCCUCGAAUACUUGCCCCCAAGGGAAGGCCAUUAUUUGAGGGGGGCCAUCAUUUCAUAUAUUGUUCACUGGAAGUCAUGCCCUAAAUAUGUUGUUCUAUUUUCCCAUUAAUUAAAUCAAAAAAUAAUUGCAUCAAAGAAACUGAGCAUGGGCUUUUUAAGUGUUUCAAAUUUGGUUCCUUGAUUAAUUUUCAUUGUUAAUAUCCUUGGCAUCAUCGCCGAUCAGUUUGCUGGAUCAGGCUCCUCUUCAGCCUCAUCCAGAUUUACUGCUAUGGGUAUCGAUGGCAAGUUACCUAUAGUUGUGGGAAGCGGGUGGGGGGGGGGGGGGGGGGGGGUUUUUUUUAAAUAUUUUUUUAAAGGGGGGGGGUUUUUUGGGGGGGGGGGGAAAAAAAGGGAACAGUUAUUUUCAAGGAAAAAAAAGUGAAUAAACCAAAAAAACUAAGAUACCUUUCCAAUUUAAAAAACAUUCUGCGUUGGAUGAGUUGUAGGUGGGGGUUGUGGUGGGGAGCAGGGGAGUGGGGUGGGGGGGGGGGGGGGGGGGGGGGGGGGGUGGCGAUUAUUUUAAAUACUUCUGUCAAAGGGGGGUGAUUAUUCGAGGGAGGCAGUAAAUCAAGGGACAGCUAUUCUUCAAGGAAAAACAGUAGAUAAACUCACAUAACUCAGAGAUCAUUCCAAUUUAAAAUACCUCUGACUGUUGUGUGCAAUUGAAGGUUUUGAUCUUUUCAGAGUUUACCAGCAUCCAUUGGUUUUUUAAGAAAACUCCAGAUAUUGUAUGCUGAUGAAAACUUUCUGGAAGGUAUUCCGUUAGAGGUGUGUAUUAAAAUGGCGCCUUACUCUUAUUUACUGGAUGAAUGCCAUGUAAUAUUUGCAUUAGCCUGCCAACAGGCUCCUAAGUGGAGGCUACACUUGGUUUGUUUCACUUGCCAAUUUUCUUUUUUGUCCCACUCCAUUUAGGCACCUGUUUGCAGGCUACUUUUGCCUCCCAUUUUUUAAAACGUUUUUUUUUACGUAUCCUCUGGCCUGAUUGAGGCAUGCCUUUAGAGAAACAGUUGUACAAAGUCACGGCAAAGUUAUCCAGGUCUUCCUCAUUUUAAAAUAACGUUAACAUACCCCAGGCAUUUACUGAACGCUACCUCACAUUAUCUAUUUCGCAUGCACCCUGUUCAGGGAAAGCAAGAUUUCGUCCGGCCCCAGUUGUAGGGUAUUAUUUUUCAACUUUGUGAAGGGAGAGGAUGGGGAAAUCGACCAAGUGUUCCAACUAUUUUGUCUGGGGUUGUAGUUAAACAUAUUUGCAUGUGGCAAUGGCAAUAUAAAUCUUGAAAGAUUUUGUUUUAUCUGGUAGUUAGGAAGCUGUACAUCCAUGACAAUACUGUCAUUACGGGACAACAGAAUUGUAAGAAUUCCUGAUGAUAUUGGUCGCAUGCCAAACCUGCAGGUUAUUAACCUAGCAUGUAACAGGUCAGUGUUUCAGUUUAUGAAGAUUUAUUUUCCACUUUCUGGUACAAUCAAUCUGCUUUUUUUAAACACCCUCUUGACCGUGAGUUAUAGUCCUCUUGAGGGUUGGGGGGGUGGUAUACUCCCUGUAUGGGCAGGGUUCGCAAGCACCUUGAAAGUCCUUGAAAGCCUUGAAUUUCAAUGCUAACAUAAUAGUUUAAGUAGAACUCCAAAGAAAAAGGAGCACACACAGAAAGACCUUGGGAUAAAAUUACUUACGUUGUGGAAGAACCAAAAGGACAUAGACUCAAGGCUAUUUUUUGCACUGAACGGAGUCCUUGAAAAAAUGGGAAAUGUGUCCUUGAAAGUCCUUGAAAAGUCCUUGAAAAGUGCCUGAAUUUUUUUGUUCAAAAAGGGUACAAAGCCUGUGGGGGCCUCUGUGGGGAAGCUCUUCCCAAGGGGGAGUGGAGGGAUACCUUUUCAGGCUUUAGAUAUAUGAAAGGGUAGGGGUUUUACAAGUUAAAUAAUGUUAAAGGAUAGAUAUUAUUAAAAAUUUGUCUUUGCGGUCUGUAAAUGGACCUCAAAAGGCUACAAAGAUGCAUUUUAUGGCCAUGAAAAAGAAGGAAACUUUCUGGCUCGGUAAUUUAUUCAUAUUUAAAAGACGGGGCAUUUACAUUAGUUUAGAGGGACGCAACAUUCUAAAUUCAGAGGCGGGGGCCGGGGAUCUGCGCCGGCUACUAAGAACAUGGCCCCCAGCUACUUUCAUAGGAAAAUGAAGAAAAAUAGAACCAAAAGAAAACUUGCUGUUGGAUUCUUCGCCUACUUGUUGUAUUUACCCAGCAACUUGAAAUGUCAGUAAAAGCCCUGUAAACUAGUUGAAAGGUGUACCAUUUGUCAGUAGAAGUUACACAAAAGUAGUUCCCUUUUCUGCCAAUAAUGGUAUAUAAAAGGUUAUGAGGUGGGCCUCUGGGAAAAGCCUCUCCUUAUAAAACUUUGUUGAGUAGUCCCCUUGGGGUUUUAAAGUCUAUAGAAACAAAAGUCCGUAAUAUCAGGGUACGAAAGGAAAUUUCCUUGAAAAUCUCCAGGCUGCUACUUCUACUUGCUCAUCUAUUUUGUUAAUUUCUUGAAAUCAACAGAUUGGAAUGUCUACCGUAUACCUUUCGAAAGCUGACUAAUUUAAAAGCGCUAUGGCUUUCUGAAAAUCAGGUAAUGCAGACCGUCAUUUCUGGCCGUCUUAGACAUCCUCUAGUUUCAAUUACACUACUCAUCUUUCUUUGUUUAAUUUUAGUCCAAGCCCAUGGUCCCGCUGCAGUCUGACUUCGAUCAUCGAACUCAGUCACAUGUGUUAACCUGCUUCAUGUUUCCACAGCAACCUCUUACUGAUGAAGGUACAGUUUCUUCGUUUAAGAGGUAAUCCGAGCGGGGGACUAAGGAGAGGAAGGGCCGCUUUCCUACUCCCCAGUUCACCAGUCAGCUUGCUUCACUCGUCGAUUUUUUUUUGCGCUGUUAGCCCUGUUAUUUACCUAUUUUCUCCACCGAGGAGCAUAGUCUCAGGAUAUUUUUUAAUAUUUUGUGGAUUCUCGCUGCAUUUCUUUGACCUACUCGGUUUCUUUUAAUCCUUUCAAUUUUUUUUCUUUCUAGUGUCAUCUUCCGAUCAGUUAAACAGUGAAGAUUCUGGCAGUGUCCCGGCGUCUCUGCUGGAAGAACAAAUUAGGCAAAGAUCUUCAAUCGUCUUCAACAUUGAUGAAGAUGACUAUUUAGUAAGAGACAUUUAUGUCAAAAAAUGUUCUUGUCAUUAUUAAUCUUGUGUCACACCACGGAAGGUUGGACAGCAGUUUGCAAAGAUUCACGGGAGCAAUUUCGACCAAUCACAAUUGAGGAAAGCAGUCUUGCUGCAGACCGUGUCACACAGUCUUUUGAUCAUGAAUAAGCUGCCAGGGAUUGUAAAACGCAAACAUGACACCUUUUCACCUAGUUCAUGCAGAAAAUAAUUCAUAACGUUUAUAAAAAACGCGUCGCUAGGAAAAAACUAGUGUGAAAGGUUUGAACCCAUUAGUCAAUUCAUAAGUAGGUGAAGCAUGAUCGUUCGGAUGAACGUAGUCCUGAAUAGUCGAUGUCAACAACAGUUCUAUUUAGGACUUCGCUCACUGCACCCGGACGAUCAUGCUCCACCUACUCAAGAAAAAACUAGGGCUUAUCAUGUUGCUAAAAAAUUUUUCGCCAACUGCGCGCACUUUCCAAUGAGAGAGGGAGAGGGGGAGGGGAUUAUUAUAAUGAUUAAUCUUUAAUCUUUAAUCACAGUUCGUAACCAUACAUAACUGAUACAAAUGAACUAAUACUAACAAAUACAAUCGAACAAAAAUACAAAAAUGGUUAACAGGACGGUAGUAGGGGGAAGCCAAAUUCCCAUGCCAAGACGUACCCUCCAAAAACGUAGGUUUGGGAAUCUAUAUCAGUAAGAUGAAGUUAAGGAAGCGGUAAUUCCUAAACAGCCCUUAAUAGUCAAAUACUCGGCUAAGCUUUUAUGGCUGCAUUUGGCCUUUCAGUAAUGAGACUUGGAUGCAUUCAGAGGCUUAUGUAAGCUAACAGAUGGCAUGCAAAUUCUCUUGUAGUCGCGGUUAGCUAGGUACCAGUCUCCUUACCCAAAAGAUGUAAAAGAUCGCGCAGCCCAAUAUCUCGCGAGCAGGCGACAGCAGCAUCAUCUGCAGCAGAAUCAACAGGAUAUAGAGGUAACAAAACCUGUCUUACCACCAUCUCAGCACCAGUGUCACCAGCAAGAUCGGCACCAGUUUAAAUACCAUUACCUGUACAGAAACCUGCACUCGGUGAGAAUGACUUAUCAACACCCAGCACAAGGUUUAAACUAAUACUUAUAGUAAUCACUUAGACUGGUCUAUUGGGGAGGGGUGUUGCAUGACGAGACAAAAACGGCUGCGUUGGAGAACGCUAGGGCCGCGCGAGAAGGGGGCAGUUUGGUGAAAACAAUAGCGUCCUUUCAGGCGUUCCCUUUUUCCCCUCCUCGAAGUCAAGCCAGGUCAAGCGUACCCCCAUAGGUUCCAUUCAUGAAUUGAUUUUAUGAAGGAAGAAUCUGUUAGUCGUUCCCGCAACGGGAUUUAAAUUCAAAUCUGCAUUCCUGCAUGCGUAAUGAGCAGUGAAUUGUUUGGCUGCAAACUCUCAGCAUGCGGUCAGAUUGAAAAGUCGUCGGAAUGAAGAAAUUACCUUGAAGACAUCUAUAUCAAAUUCAAGAAGAUUGAGCAGGCAGAAAUUUCAGAACUACCUAACCUUUGCGUGUGAAUUCACUACUCAUUACCAAUGCAGGGAUGAAUCUAAAAACUACAUUCGGAUUCAACUUGCAAAUGAAAGAUUCAUUAGUAGAAUGUUUCGCGGUUCGCUUGAUCUGGCUCGACUGUAACACCUGCCACAAAGUCUAUGAGAGAACUGGCUGCAUUUACCAAAGCGAAUCGUUAAGGAACCCUGUGGUAUAUGGAUCAAGCACUCUCCCCACAUCCACCUCCUUGGGCUGUGUACUCGUGUUUGUUUAUUUUCCCUUUUCCCCACUCCCACCCCCUUGCUUUUGUGGUCAAUGAAUCCCCGCGGUUUUAAUUUUUAUACGCGCACUCAACGAUCACUCUGUGAACGGGCUUCUUCACUCUCUAAGUUUCCUUUGCUAUUAAUGAUAAAAUAGAGUAGCCUGAAUUUCAGACAAUUACUUCGAGUCGUAGUUUUUUACUCCCUUAGUAACUGAGUUACUGAGGGAAUAAAAGCAACUCGAAGUAAUCGUCUGAAAUUCAGGCUAAAAAUAGAGAGCGCUUAAAAAGGCUUAUCUUUCUAGGGAGUAAUCAUGGGGAAAAAUUGAGAAAAAUAGAGUGCUUGUGAACUAGGUACAGCUGUAAUAAGUUUGUUAAGGAAUAAAUCUACCUUUACAAAGCUUCCAGAAUCAAAUAGAAGACAGAGUCAACAGGAGAGCAAUCGGCAGCCAGUGGCAGUUGUGGUGCAUUCAGUGGAACACAGAGAUGAACCGCAGCUAUUAAGACCCCAAGAGGUGCGUACAGUUGAAGUUCCCUGGUAUGAGGAACAGGUUGGUGUGCCUGUGUGCUUUCCUUACCGUACGGUAGUUAGCAGACAACACACUUUGUUAUGCUUAAAUGUAGGUCUUUGAAGUAGGUAUAGUUCGGGGAUUAUAGUAGCCUGAAUUUCAGACUAUUACGAGUCGUUUUUACUCCCUCAGUUCUGAGGGAGUAAAAUCGACUCGAAGUAAUCGUCUGAAAUUCAAGCUAGGAUUAUAGCUGAUCUUGAGUUUUACCUUCACUGAUGUGAAGUUCCUGUUCAACAGAGCAGUUUACCGCUAGCAUUUCGUAUACUUCAUACAUUCUGACUAGCGCAGUACACACAGCGAGCAUAUAGAUCAGACAAUGCAUCAAGUUGUCUCUUACAAGAGCUUAAAAACAACAGAAAAUUAUAAAACCAUCCGCCCCAGAAACUGGUAGCGGUCGCUUACAGGAGGUGGUCGUUUACGAGAGGUUCCAGCUGUAAGCAUUUGUCUUGGAAAUGUUUGGUGCUUUGGACGGGGUUCGUACAUAGUCUUGAAUUCUUGAAAAAGUCUUGAAAUUUGGGCAGGUAUUUUCCAGACCUGGGAAAAAGCCUGGAAAAUAGAGAUGAAGUCUGGAAAAAUGGUUAAAAAAUGGCUAAGAGCUUCAUAAGUGUUUUUUUUUUUUCGUUUUGGUCAAAUCUUCUUCAAUCUCGCCCGUACGUUUGCAGCGGCCUCGAGAGAAAAGUUUUGUUCCUGCUUUUUUUUUACUGUAUUGUUCACCUACUUGAUAACCUCCAGUCUGGAAAAAAAGAAAUUAUUGUUUUGGAAAAAAGUCUGGAAAAAGCCUUGAAUUUUGGAUUCAAAAAUCUGUACAAACCCUGUUUGGAUAAGUGGUCGCUUGUGGGAGGUGGUCGCACAUGGAGGGUGAACUAUAUUUUUAUUUUUCAGACUCCUGAAGUCCAAAGGCAAAGCUCUGAUUAUAGCGUAGGAGCUCAACCAGUGGUGAACGUUCAGGCGAUAAACGGUAACCGUCGGGUGAUAUCAAACGGUAUUACCCAGUCGGGUGAUAUGGAAAAUGGAGCAGGUGAACCGCAGCGUGUUAUUAGAGCGCCAGUUGCUGCCAAUGUGAGGAGCUUUCCUGGAGACCGACUUAUUGGGGUAAAUAAUUCAUUCGCAACUUUAGAAACGAGAAGAGAACUGGAACCGAAUUGCGUACCGCAAUUGUUUCUGGGAUGGUUACUGGGAACGCGCCGGUCAGCUAUUGGCCAAUUUUUUUCACUGUCCCGAGUGACAAUCCCAGAAGUCUUUGCGAAAGUUACCUCGGCCCAGUCUUCCUCCCUUUCCUAAACUGGCGAACAAGCCCAUACCUUCUCACAAGAUACACUUUCUUAAGUUGUACAUGACAGCGUUACUGGUUCUAGAACAGGGCAUGUUAUUAACAUUUUAUUAUAAUUAUCACUUUAAUAGCAAGGACAGUAAUUGGUGCUUAAGCUUGGCGCCGAUUUUUGAGAUAUUGCAACGAAUAAUACUCCAGAAUCGCAUAAAAAUCAUACUGAACUCGCCGGUAGUCCUUCCUUACCGCAACUGUUGCGUUGAAGAGUGCAAGAAAAAAAAAUCGUAAGGUUAAACAGUCGUUAAAGCGAACUGAGCUGGCCAAAAGGUAUCUGAAUCAGGGAGAGAAUGCUUAAUAUAUAGAUUUAGCCAGGGCUAAAAGCGAAGCUCUGGUUUAAAUAAUACUUGUAAACAAAAAAAAAUUAAAUCUUGUAAUGCUACACGGAGAGGGCAAUGAAAAUGGCAUCAAGAUCAAUAGAUCUAAUUAGCAAAAAACAAAUUGCACGUGCAGCACACUUAUUUUUCUAAUUAGCAAAACAAAAAAAACAAAUUUGCACGUGCAGCACGCUUUUUGUCUUUUUUUGCGUUGUUUUGCACAACUACAACGCUGUUUUGUAGGACUAAAACGCCAGACUUCCUAGUUACACAUUAUUUUUAUGGAGGAAUUGUCGUAUGUGCUUACCCAAUAUUUUGUCUCCUGUGUUCUUCGCUUUUAUUUUUCACUGGCGCUCAUUUUCACCUUGCUGGCCGCUAGCAUUUCUCAUUGCUUCACAGCCGCUUUGAAUUUUCAUGUUUUUCUUCCUACAAAAUUCGUCUCUUUUGUUUUCAAUCACUCACUCUAGCUCUUUCUCUCAAAUAACGUCGAAAAAGACACGACUUUGCUGUUGUUUUUUCUUUCUAAACGUCCGGGCGGCCAUGCGAUUUCUUUCCAAAUAAAACCUUGAGUUGCAUUUUGGUUGCCAUACCUGUUGAUUGAAUUAUUUUACAUAAACUAAACGUUGCGCAAGUAUUAGCACAAGAUAUACCUAUUGUCGAUGUUAAUCCUGAGUCUUAUUUAAAGCCCACUGAUCAUUCGUUUUCUCUGCAAAUUCCGAGUGUUGAUAUUGUUUCUAACGUUUUGUCGAAAAUUGAUGAAAAGAAAGUCACCGGUCUUGAUAUGAUUCCGAGUAAAUUGUUGAAAAUGGCUGCUAAUAUCGUCGCACCCUCUCUUACCUCAAUAUUCUCAAAGUCUAUUCUCACUGGGAUAUAUCCAAACGAUUGGAAAACAGCCAAAGUGACUCCACUUUUUAAAAAGGACAUUAAAUCGGACCCUAACAACUACAGGCCAAUAUCUGUAAUCCCUAUAAUUUCGAAAGUUUUUGAAAGAAUUGUUUAUAAUCAACUUUUCCAUUAUCUAGAUGAUAAUAAAUUGCUACUAGGUUGCCAAUCAGGGUUCCGUUCUCUACAUAGUACGCUCACGGCUUUGCUUGAGGCAACAAAUGCUUGGUCAGUAAACAUCGACAAUGGCCUUCUAAAUGGCGUUGUCUUUAUUGACCUUACUAAGGCAUUCGACACCAUUGAUCAUGAGAUCAUCUUGCGUAAGAUGUCAUACUUGGGUGUCGAUCAGGCAGCUAUAAAAUGGUUCUCGUCGUACUUAAGUGGCCGAACCCAAAGAUGUAAUGUCAGUGGCAAACUAUCAUCUGCUCGUACCCUCAGUUGCGGCGUGCCGCAGGGUAGCAUAUUGGGUCCUUUGCUAUUUUUAAUUUACAUUAAUGAUCUUCCCAACUCCCUGCGGGGCGCCGUACCAAGAAUGUUUGCCGAUGACACCAACCUUACGUUAUCUGCUAAGACGUUAACAGAGCUUAAGCUAGCUCUAACCCCUGAAUUAAAUAACCUUAGCUGUUGGCUGAAAGCUAACAAGCUCAGUCUAAAUGUUGCUAAAACAGAGCUAAUGAUUAUUGGAUCAAGACAAAGACUAUCUGCCCAAUGUGACGAUGUAGAAAUCAAAAUUGAUGACCAAAUUAUCAAGAGAGUCGAUCAUACCAAAUCCUUGGGUCUUACCAUAGAUGCUCAACUCUCUUGGGGUAAACACGUUGAAGAGAUUUGCAAGAAAGUCUCUUCAGCUAUAGGCGCCCUAAAACGUGUGCGGCCCUUUAUAUCCAAAGAAACUGCAAUUCAAAUUUAUAACGCUUUAAUUAUGCCUCAUUUUGAUUACUGCAGCCCCGUCUGGGACUGUUUGAGUGGUUACUUGAGUGAUAAGCUCCAAAAAUUACAGAAUCGUGCAGCCAGAGUUAUUACUAAAUCACCCUUUGAUGCGAGCUCAAACCACCUUCUCUCCACCCUCAGCUGGGAGAGGCUAUCUCUUCGACGAAAGAAACAAAAAGCCUUAAUGAUGUAUAAAACCAUACAUGACCUUGCUCCAAAAUAUCUACAAAGUCUUUUCUCUCAGCGUCACUCUGCUUACAACUUAAGAAACUCUGAGGGAAGGCUGACCCUGUCCAAACCAAACACCAAUUAUUUGAAACGAAGCUUCUCUUACAGCGGGGCCAUGUUAUGGAAUAACUUGCCCAAAAACUUAAAAAACGCUGCAUCCGUUGAGCAUUUUAAGCGAAAUAUCAAGAAGGUAGCUGAUAUAUCGGAUUCCCACACGGCAAUCAUGUAAAGCAGUUGUAAUUAGUUUUAGUUUUUAACUUAAGCUUAACUGAUGAUUUCCCGUGUUUAAAUAAAGAUUUACAUACAUACAUACAUACAUUGGUAUGCCUGUGGUGCGGACGGUCGGGCGGUCGGUGUACGGUCACGUGAUUACCAAAUUUUCUCGGAUGGGUAGUUUACCACAUUUCUUUACCCAUGGUGCUCCGCUGCGCGCGCUUCGCGCGCGAGAGCUCCGCUAUUACUAAUUAGAGAGUAGCUGGAGACAAAAGCUGGAGAUCACAAAAGAGAGCAAUUAAGAGAUUUAAAUGACAUUAUUGAUCAAGCUGACCAAAACAUCUCGUUUGACACGGAAGCCAAUUGGGCAUCUGGUAUGAUCAAUUCUCAAGAGCAUAUUAUUGUUUUCCGUAAACAGAAGUCCACUUUUCGUAAUUGAAAUUACUCAAUUUCCAAUAUUUUGCCGCGGAAAACUGCUUACAAUUGAACCACCGAGCUAAGUAGAUGGAAGGCAGAAAAAUAAUUCUAAGGAAAAUAAUUUCUUAGAUGAUCAUUCACACUCUUCUCAUUAACUUCGUAACGAGUCACGCGUUAGGAGUUUGAUGAGAAAUUAGAUCUUAAUCGUUGUUCACUUUGGUUUCAGGGACAAACUCCUGUUCCAGAGGAGCCAAACCCCCGCAGACCUCCUGUUUAUCAGCCACCCCCUCCCUACACCCCACGAGAGAACAGAGUACCUCCUGCACCACCCUCAGAGGUCGAUAGUGGACCAUCAGCGGAAUCACUGCAUUCCUUCCGUGAAGAAAUGCCAAGCUCUUUAUCGUCCCAUCAUGGUCGUCCCAGAGUGGGUAGACUGUGGAGUCACUCCACAGGCACCCCAGAGUCAGGGCAUAUAAAUGAUGUGCACUCUUUUAACGAGGAAGAACCUAGUUUUGUCCAAGGACCAUUAAGGCCACCCUCUUAUUACGAGGCUACAAGUCAGAGUGAUAGGACGCUUGGUCUUGGAAAUGUUGUCCAUCAUGUUUGGUCUGCUAAUACUGGAACUAUAACAAACGGAACUCAUGGGACUCAUCGAUCGCCUCCUCCGCAGUACUCAGCACAACCGGAAGUGUUGAGUGAAGUUCCGGUUCGGUCAAUAGUGCCGGAACCGAAAGCUCCACAAAACGCCUACACUCAACCAAUCGCACGCGUCAGGCCUAUAGUAAGUGUUGCACAAAGACUUGAUAUUUCGCAGGAAGAUGCACAAAGGUUCGAGAACAGGGUGCGACAGCUUCAGCGCGAGAGAGCGAUGGAGCGAAGAGAGGUGGCAACAGUUGAUGGAACACAGGUUGUUGUUGGAGACAAUCACAGACCGCAACAGGUUGCCACGGCAACUCGCAGAAGAAGCAACUCAACAGAUUCUCGCAAUUCCGAACAAUCCGUGCAGUCGUCGCAAGAUGAUGAAGAACCGGUGGAUAAUGACCCAUCCGUAGAGCUGGUGAGAAAUUGUCUCAGAAACGUCCUGUUCGCCAACGUGUUAAGUCGUUUCGCUAGCGUGUCAGUUCAGUUCCCAAACUUCUUUCGCCUGACCAAUAGCUAAACGCACGAGGUGUAUGCAUGUGUUGCGCUCGUUUCGUUUCGUAAGUGAUACGACUUAAGACGUUAGCGAACGUGACGUUAGCGAAGCGACGCGUAGGCGAAACGAACGGUCACCAUCGUAUAAACAAAAUCUCCUCGAGAUGGUAAGCGUCCACCGCGGUCAUGUCUUGUGUCUUUUGUUGUAGAGAAAUGGUUUGUGAAGUGACUUCCUUUAGGUCACAACCUGUUGCACGAAUUCCAAUCAAAUUUCAAUUCUGAUCGUAAAAAGUGGCAAGCUCAUGUGACAGCUUAAAUGGUUGCAGUAAAACACUGACUAGGGGUGGGGUCAAGGUCGACUGUUCUCUUGUUUCGUAUUCUGUUCUUUUUUCUCUUCGUAACCAAAGCAUAAAACAGAGAACGAAACAAAAGAUCAAUAGCUCCCCACCCCACCCCGACUAAGCGUUUUACUGCCAUGCCAGCCUGAUAGUCCGAUGCGACUGUUUUGUGUUUAACUUUUUUAGUUUGUAUUUGUUUAAUGUUUAUUUUAGAUUCAAGUAGAAGUUUACAAAAAUCCAAAUCUUGGAUUCAGCAUCGCUGGUGGAGUUGGUUCUUCGUCCAAUCCUUUUCAUCCCAACGAUAACAAGGUAAAAAUGUCUCCGUAAUAUUUUCAAGAGAGGGCACCUUUUUACUUGUUUUUGUAGUUGAAACUGGCUCAUUUUGUUACUAAAAUUCCAAUUACGCUUCCUUAUACGCUAUGAAACUUAACGUUUACGAAAAAAAUUCUUGUUAACGAUAAAAUCAUAGCUACUUGUCCAACAAAUUUACUUCCCAAGUAUUGUAUCAAACGUUACAAACAACAAAAAUGAACUUUGAAAAACUGUUAGGCUAACAAGUUUUCCAAAACCCACAAUUUCAAUCUGUUUUAAUCUUCUUCAAGUUUUUCCAUCCGUGCCUACUUUUGUGUUGGCUGUGUUACAAAUUUCUUCUUUUAAUGUUUUGCGCGAUUAUUUUUUAUGUUUCCCUCAAUUUGGUGGCUGGGUCACGAAAUUUGUCAAAAUUCAAACAAUGGAAACCGCCACUAAACUGAAACAAACAUAACUGCUCGGGACAAGAAACGAAGGUGUAAAUAGCAAAGAAAAUAAGAAAGGCGGAACGGAUGGACAACCUUGAAGACAUCCAUAUUAUGGUAAAUUGACAUCUGUCAAAAUAGGGUAUCCGCUGACCAGAAUCACAUGAUCCGUAUUGCGGGCUCAUGUGCCAACUCAUCGAAAUCACUAGCUCUUAGCUUAGUUUAAUUGAUCACAGGCUCAAGUUUAUGGUUCUCCCCAAAAGUUAAGUAUAGAUCUGAGGAUUUCUUUGCAAUGGUUUUAAGUCCAUGUCUGAAGUAAAUUUAAAAUGUAUAAACGGGAGCUUCGCUUUUAGCUCUGGCUAAAUCUUUAUAUUAGUCAGUGUAUUAAGUUAGUAAGAAUCCUGCUGUAUUACGUUUUUGUUUGGCUAAAAGUUUACUUUGCGUACGUUUAAGUCUGAUGAUAUGUAUCUCAGUAUUUGGUAAAAACUGUUAAAAAAAAGGUAAAGUUAAAGCAUUUACGCAUAUUUUACGUCGAUAACUGGUGACAGUAAUUCAACUCAGUCUGAUAAACUUGAAGUUGACGUAGCGCUUAUUUUACCCCCCUCUCUCACCAAUGCUCCGUUGUAAGGGUAUUUAAAGCUAGUUAAAGCUACACAGAGAGGAGAGAAGUUGAAACAAGGAUGUAAUGUCACCAGGAAUCGAACUCGGGACUUCUCGCACCGAAGGCCAUGCACUAACCAACUGAAUGGGUCAGUUGAUGGUCCUGUCUUCCCUAGACUGUUCACAGUCCCCUAUUUUUCCGUGAGAUCGUGUAGAUCGAGCGCGUCUUACCUUAUGGCGGCCAUCUUGAUUCCAGUUGUACCGAGUCUAACCUGGGGAAGAGAAUCAAAUCUACUUAGGGGGGCGGGGGGACGGUUUGGGAGGAGGCGAGAAAAAUAGCCCCCCUCUCCCUAGAGCUAUAAUUCCCGACGCCCGCCCCCUCGGUACAUCUGAAAAUCAAGAUGGCCGCCAUUAACGGUAAGACGCGCUCGAUCUCGACGAUCACACGGAAAAAUAGGGGACUGUGAACAGUCUAUGUCAUCCCUAAGUCUGUUCAUUCUAGGGUUCAACUCCUCCUCCUCGGAGACCCAGGGACAGUCAGUUGGCUUAGGAAAAAAGCGUGACGAGAAUAUCCCUAAGGACUCUCCUGCUUAUGCUAGAAAAAUUUCGUCCCGCAUUUUCCCCAACCCAACUGUCUGCCCCUGGGUCUCCGAGGAUUGAUUUCAACUUUACCACAACACUUUUGUUUAUCACUUUGUUGUUUUUUUUCCCUCUAAACAGAGUAUUUACGUGACAAAAGUUCAAUCGGAUGGUCCCGCAGCGUUUGGGCUUGUCCCUGGGGACAGAAUUCUCGAAGUAGGGGAAUACUUUUGUCCUUACAUUCUUUGUGACCAAUGUUGUUAAAGGCUCUUUUUCAAUAGCGAUGGUGUCAAGAGUCAUAAUCAGAGGCCUAGAUCGUUAUGAUCUAUUAUAAAAAUAAGAGUGCCGAUUCCUUUUACUACUCUGUCGCUUACAAUCCACGUGAACACCAGACUGGGUUUGGAUGAGUGUUUCCGGGAUGCGGGAUUGGACCGAAAUACAUCGCGGGAUUCGAGAAACGUUAACGAGAUGCAGGAUUUGUCAGCUACCGGGGGAAGCGGGAUUCGCCAAAAUUUGGGCACCGAUGUGAGGUUGGGAAAGAAAACAUUUUUCGGGAUGGCGACGACGAAGGAAGCGGGAGUGCGGGAUCAGGACUCCCCCUUCCAGACCCUGGCCCCCGCGGGGGAGGGGUACUCCCUUAGAUAAGCCAUAUAGGUAUGUGCCGCCCCAUCCGGUAGGGUUUUUGCGCCGUUUUGGUCUGAAAACAGGUAUAGACUUUGUCCAUUUUGGUCUGGAAUCGGGUACGAUUCUCGAGGGAACUUCCUGAACUACGGGAAUGUAUGAACGCGUGUAUCGUUUGAAUUCCAAAUAUGUAAGAAAGAAAGCAAACUAAGCGAAUUAGAAGUAGAUUGUUCGGAAAUAGGGCCGGGAUUUUGAGAACUGGGCGGCAUACCCCCCCCCCAAGAAUUUCCAGGAGUACUCCCCCCCUUUCCUCCGAGCCCUUACCAGACUACCAGAGUCGUAAGCAGAUGCGGAAGAACUUUACCAGCAACAGUUCGGAACAGUACACGACAAAGAGAUUUGCGUGUAAUUGGCUUGUUCUUCCGCUUCAGUACUACCAGCCGCGGGAUCAGUAGAAAAUUAAAACGUGCUGAUUCCCGUCGAGCUUAUGACUGUUCUAAUGACUGCAGUGUUCUAUUUUCACUAGGUCAUAUCCGUUCUUAUGACUCCGACACAGUCACCAUUGAAAACGAGCCUCUAGAAUUCAUAUAUAUGAAAUCCGGCGUUUUGUUAUUCGCAAGAAACGCAAUUAAAGUAUUCUCGGUUUUCACAUGACGUCACCAAAAUUCAAACUAAGAAAUUAUCGAUUCUUCUGACUGUUUAGUUUCAUGAGGUAUUACAACAGCUAAACAAUCUACUUUAUACAAUUUUUCGUUUUGCGAUAGAGGACGCUUGAAUUUCCAAUCUUUUGCGUGACUCUGCGGCAGAGAAGGCCCUCGUGGAGGCUAAAAAUGUGACCGAUUUUCUCAAAUUUUCCUUUUCUUAUCUUCAGAAUAAAGAUUAGUAUAAUCUUUAUGAGUUCUCCCAAGCUCUAGAAAAACUGAAAGACAGAUGUUUUUGUUGGUUUCUAGUCGCCAAAUUUGUGCCCUUCAAUGGGACACCAAAUAUGGAGUCUCCGUACAAAGCUUUAUAAGUUUUGGUAAAAUACUUUCCCAAGUAUCUGUCGUAUAUGAAAUAUCGCACAGACAUGAUUCUUUGCAUAUUUAUCGUCUAAAGAAUGGUUUCGGUUUUUAUUUUUGAUGGCGUGAUAGUGGAAACAGAGAACUGAGUCUUUCAAGAUUUAGCUGGAAAAAACAGCCGACAUUUCGCGAUGCCACAGCUGGUUUCCUCGCGAAAUGAAGUCUGUUAGUGCUUCUAAUUGGAAACUUUCUGCAACCAAUCAGAAGCACUACCCAGAUCUGGGUAGUGAACCGUCAUCAGUAUGGAAUUUGUGCACGCGUUCCUUAAACGUCAUUUCGCGGGGAACUCAGUGUUGGUGUGGAGGAAAGUCGGCUGUUGUCUCAGUUUAACGUGCAACCUUUCAAACGAACGAAAUAGAUAAGAAUGUCAACAGCACACAGGUUCGUGCGAAGUGUCAUACAGCGCCGAGCACACCGAACGCGUGCAACAGUACCAUUGGCGGGAAAACAGGAAGCGAUAGUUAAGCGUGGGAAAUGUGAACGAACCACUGCAUGAACCAAGUCACAAGCUUUGCGCUGAUUGGUUAGAGCUGUUUUCACCUGGCCGAUAGUUACUUACAAUGACCAAUCACAACAGACUAUGUAUUGAACCAAUCAGAUCUUGCAGCAGAUACAUGUAGGUGACGUCAAAUGCGAGAAAUCUUGUGCGGCUAAAGGCACCAGUGACUUUAGAUUGGCUCCCGAUUGGCACAAAAAUUGCCGCGAGAUUUUUCUAAACAACUGUUAUUAAAGUUUAAGAAUGCAAAACGGAAAGAAAUACGUUCUGGAAAAAAGCAAAAACAUGUCUCUGACGUGGUUGGUUAGAAAAUUGUACCCGCACAAAAGCAAAUGCAGUAUUAUAAAUUAAUUUUCUCAUUUUAUUUUCUGGUUCACCAAGCUCAUGACAUGCCAAUUUUGCGUUAUUUUCGUUAUUUUGUAGGUCAACGGAAUUAAUCUCAGACGAGUCACUCACGAAAAAGCUGUUCUCUUUCUAAAGCACAACCAAGCUGUGAAAUUGCUCGUUGCAAGAAAGAAGGAACAGGCUUCCUGACACGGAUAUUAAAAUAAAUCGUCCGACGAGAACUGUAUGGUCGUGGGAGACUUCUUGCUUGGAAAGAACCAGAGGAAAUCAAGAUACGAUUUUGUUGUCUUGCACCUAAGUCAGUCUUUUUUAUGGCAUUCGCAGGCACUGAGGAAGAUACGGGGCAUUCAAAGUUGGGAAAACGUGAACCAAACGGAACAAACAAAGCCCACAAAUUAUGCUGCUUUUGCUAGACAAUGACGUAGCUUGGCUUAAUACUGGAUAUUGAGCAUGUGCGUAAAAGCUAAGGAAACUGUCUGGAAUUAAGCAUUCUCGCAGGAGGCUUUUUCUUUUAGACUCGCUUAUUUAGAAAGUUGUUUUUACUUCUUUAGGUGUAUUUUUUCCAAACACAGAGAGCGAUAUAAGCAAGUGAAUUGUAUCUUAAAAACAUGGGCAAUAUUGGACAUUGUCUUCAAAAAAUAAAAGAAAACGGAUAUGGCCUUAAUUUUCGAGAGGGCAUUCUAGUGGCUUCGAGAGCGAACUCUGAGAGUUAAGGAGCAAGAAGUAAGAAGUUACGGAACUGUGGAAAAACUUUGAAAUAACGACAAAGAUGAAAUCUUUCGCUGUAAAUCAGCUUUGCUGUAAA